UCGAUGACGUACGAGGCAAAUUGGAUCUCGUGCGCCUGAUAAUGAAUAAGCUAGCGACAUCAAUCAGGUUUAUAACAUAGAGGAAAGAAGUACUAUUUGAAUCUUCAGAAUUUCUCUGUACACAAUUAUGAAUGCGUACAUUUUUCAAGGUAUUUUUUGUGCGUCGAUGUUUUCUUCCUUCUGUGGUAUUUCCAAAGCGAACGAAUCGCGAAGCUUUAUCCUCAUUUCGAACAGAAGACUUGUUCAACCAGACCUGAAAAAAGAUGUUCUUCUGAAAAAAAGAAGUGUUGUCAACCAGCUAAUGUGUGCUCAAUGGUGUCUUCGAACUCCAUCUUGCUCUUCGUUUAAUUUAGAAAAAGAAUCUGAUCAAAAUAAGAAAAAUAGAACAUGCGAAUUACUUUCGCUGGUUGAGAUACAACUACGACCAGAGCUUUCACAAGAAGAUAUUGACUUUGAUUUCUAUACCUCGCCAGAAGAACGCUGCAAAGACAGUUCUUGUGAAAAUAAUGGGUCGUGUGUCGGGUCAUCUUCGACUUUCUACUGUCUUUGUAAAAAUGAAUACAGAGGAGCGCAAUGUGAGAAACACGUUCCAGAGUGCGUCCACUAUCAUAACCUGACCGAAGCUGAUCGUAAUAUCAAAUACGGCAAAAUCAACAAAACAUGGGAUGGCACUGCUGUGAUCACAACAGGACAGUGGUACAGAAUUACUGGUCCCGCGGGAUCUCGUAUGUUAGAUUCAUGCCCCACAUCUGGCUCAUGCAAUGCGGACUUUAAUGGAUGGAUCGACAGUCAACCAAAUCCUGGCGAAGUGCGCGUCCAAAGAGGAGUACAAAAACAAACUCCUUCUAACUGUUAUAAUUUCCCGCAAAAGGUACUUGCAACCAACUGUGGCAAUUUCAAUGUCUACCAGUUGAAAAGUCUUAACAAGUACGUCCGCUACUGUGGUACUGACUAGUAACGCCAUCGGUACAGCACAAGCCGAUCACGGACAGGGUAGUCUCCCUCGCAUCCGUUUUUAGUGUCGGUAGUCACGCAACGUGCGUGACGUGACGACGACACUAAAAACGGAUGCGAGGGAGACUACGGACAGGGAGACCUACUUAGAAAGUAAAUGAUGUAAUGCAUUCAUAAAAAUACAAUGAUUCACUACUAAUGCAAUAGAUAGAACGAUAAAAGAAUACAAUAGAUUUUUUGGAUACAUUCAACAACUGAGUGCUCAAGGUUCUCCCAUUACGGAUACGAUAUAGACCUCUUGCAUGUGAGGUCAAAGCAGCUCAGUUUGGAGGACACAAAAGAAUUUCAAUCUCCUUAGAAUUCAAAACCAAUUUAUAUGGCCCCCAAAUUGAGCUGCACUCCGACCAUUCUCUUAGUCCGUCUUAGUCACCAAAACAAAACAAUCGAAUUUUUCGUAAGAUAGCUGAGAAGACUUUGGGUACGAGAAUGCAAUCCGACGUGCUGCAACUAAUGGAUGUGAUGCGGUUCGUACGCAUGGGGACGAGAUUUCAUGACGCGGCACGGAUACGGUAACUCUAGCAAAUCUUAUCGUGAGGAUAUCAUAUCGUGAGGUAUAAUCAAUGUCAGGAUUAGCCUAAUUUAAUUAGCCUCGUUGACUUGAACACAAAUACCAACGGUAUUACGUGUCAGUCAAUAAAGAGGGUGCCAAUGGGGGGUAUACCCAAUUGUCAGUUAACUACUAAUUUUUCGGCCGAGAGCUGGUCAAAUAAUGAAAUGUCAGUUAAGUACUAACCCCAAUCACCCUCAUUCAAACUAACUCUGUUCAAAAGCGGUCGAUAUUAGCCAUGAGUAAUAGCUUUUAAUGGACCUCAAGUACGUACUCUGUACUCUAUUACUUACGAUGGCCUAGAGGUGCAAUACAAAAGUUCAUUCAGUUCGAUAGCGAUUACAAUGACAACAAGCUUCUCCGAUUUGAAGUCUUGCAUCAGUGAAGCUAACAGCUUAAACUGAUACAAUGUUUAAACUAUCGCGUGUUACGUUUAGUAAACUGUAAAUGCCGUUGACUAUGCAGUGAAUACUCAAAUCGUUAAGAAAUGUGAAAAAAAUUUCUUGAUAUCGUGGCCAAGAAAAAGAGACAGGCAGACAGACAAGUAAGUGGCAGAAGCUGAAAAUUUAGUAUUCUCAUUAACUACGUGCUGAUCAUUUGUGCACGUACAAUUACUUAAAGACCCAUUGCCACUUAUCGUGAUACAUCACAAUUUGUUUACAUUUUGAAUCGUGUCACCACUGAAAAAACAAUUCCAACCUUUUGAAUAAACUCUCAAAAU